ACGUGAGUCCUAGAUCAACGGUUACAAUCUCGCUUUUGAAUAAAGAUCAAACGGUUGAUAUUUAACAAAAAGAUAAACAAUCCAACUCAGCUGAGCUGGGCCCGUUGGCUGACAGGUAAAUAUGGGAACCAAAACCAGAGUAGUGUUGUUGUCCUUGUUCCUUUCAACGCUUCUGUUUUCUUUGGUGGCUUCUGCGUCCAAUGAUGGAUUUAUUAGGAUAGGGCUGAAAAAGAUGAAAUUGGAUCCAAACAACCGGAUUGCUGCCCGGCUUGAGUCUGAGUAUGGAGAGGCUUCGGAAGCUUCUAUUAGAAACUAUCGAUUUGGUAAUAAUCUUGGUGAUUCCAGGGAUACCGAUAUUGUUGCAUUGAAGAACUAUAUGGAUGCUCAGUACUAUGGUGAGAUUGGUAUUGGUACUCCUCCACAGAAUUUCACCGUGAUCUUUGACACAGGCAGCUCCAAUUUGUGGGUGCCCUCAUCUAAGUGCUAUUUCUCGCUCCCUUGUUUCAUGCAUCCCAAGUACAAGUCAAGCCAAUCAAGCACCUACAAGAAGAAUGGUAAACCUGCUGCCAUUCAGUAUGGUACUGGGGCCAUCUCUGGUUUCUUUAGUUAUGACCACGUCAAAGUUGGUGAUCUGGUUGUGAAAGAUCAGGAAUUCAUUGAGGCGACCAAGGAGCCUGGUGUCACAUUUAUGGUGGCCAAGUUUGAUGGUAUAUUAGGACUUGGGUUUCAAGAGAUUUCUGUUGGAAAUGCUAAGCCAGUCUGGGACAACAUGGUUAAACAAGGUCUUAUUAAGGAACCAGUUUUUUCAUUUUGGCUUAACCGCCAUGUGGAUGAAGAAGAAGGUGGUGAAAUUGUGUUCGGGGGGGUUGAUCCAAGUCAUUACAAGGGCAAGCACACAUAUGUUCCUGUGACACAGAAAGGCUACUGGCAGUUUGAUAUGGGUGAUGUUCUGAUUGGUGGUAAACCAACAGGAUAUUGUGCUGGAGGCUGCUCAGCAAUUGCAGAUUCUGGGACAUCAUUGCUGGCAGGUCCAACGACUGUGAUUACCAUGAUAAAUCAUGCCAUUGGAGCCUCUGGAGUUGUUAGCCAAGAAUGCAAGUCAGUUGUUGAACAAUAUGGACAAAUGCUUUUGGAUCUACUUCUAGCUGAGGCAAGACCUAAGAAGGUUUGCUCCCAAAUGGGAUUGUGCACCUUUGAUGGAACACGUGGUGUUAGUGUGGGCAUUGAGAGUGUGGUAGAUGAGAGAAAUGGCAAGUCCUCUAGUAUUGUUCAUGACACAAUGUGCUCAGCUUGUGAGAUGGCAGUUGUAUGGAUGGAAAACCAGCUGCAGCAGAAUCAAACUCAGGAACGUAUAUUGCAAUAUGUAAAUGAGCUCUGUGACCGAAUGCCUAGUCCCAAUGGAGAAUCAGCUGUUGACUGUGGAAAGAUUUCUUCUAUGCCUGUGGUUUCAUUCACUAUUGGUGGCAAAGUUUUUGACCUAUCAUCAAAGGAGUACAUUCUGAAAGUGGGUGAGGGCCCUGCAGCUCAGUGCAUUAGUGGCUUUACUGGUUUGGACAUUCCUCCUCCUCGUGGACCUCUCUGGAUCUUGGGAGAUAUCUUCAUGGGUAAAUACCACACAGUCUUUGAUUAUGGUAAACUGAAAGUUGGCUUUGCUGAGGCAGCAUAAAAUGGUCGACGUCGAUGCCUCAACUCUUAAAUCAUCCGUCUUUUAUCUGAUAGUGUGUUAUGUAAAUUUAUAAAGAUAUAGGGUGAUCGCCUCAGCCUCAGACAAUGCCUGCUGCUUGUAAAUAGUUCCUGUGCUUGUUUAUUUAGUAGAAACAACUAUUUGCUUCAAGUUUUUGACCAAAAAUUACCGCCGUGCUUUGUUAAUUCAUCAUC